AUGAGUAGUCGGGAGAUAUUGAGUGUGGUUGAUCUGAUUGACACUGUGUUGAAAAGUUUUCCACGUAGAAGAAUGCAUAAAGAACGAACAAACUCGUAUAUUCCAAAAGAGCUUGCAAUGCGACUAAAAGGUGAAGUACUGAGAAACACGGUUCCGUUUCUUGUAGGUCUUGUUGAGAGAGUGAAGCAAGUACAGAAAUCAUAUGGCAAGGAGUACGCUAAGCAGAUGGCAGAAAGAAGAGAAUUCGUACAGGCCCGCAUAAAAGAGAUAAGGAUGUCGAUGGAUGCAAUGAUGGAUGACGAGAAAACAAGCAUGAUCAAGAGCUUGAUAAGCGAAGUGGAAUAUUAUGAGAAGAUGGACAUGAAGCCAGUGAGCAAAGUGACAGUUGAUGCAGAAACAACAAAGAUGGUUUUUAUAAAGAUAGAAGGCAUUGAUGCAGGUGCUACGGAUCCUUAUGUCAAGGAGUACCUGUCAAGACGGAUUUUGUUUAGUCAAUUGGAGCCUUCAGAUGCAGAGAUUUCGACAUUAAAGACGAUGAUUGAUAUGCUAGAGGAUGAGUGCAAUAACUGA